UACGCUUGAGUUCCCCGCCUUUUGAGUAAACGCGACAGUAGCCUUCACAAUAACACCGCUGACGGUUUAUUCAUUUGACGCGGUAGAACUGACUCUUCAUGAACAUGUAGCUAGCUCUUCACUCUUUAUAUCAACCGACAGGCAGCCAUGUUGCUCCCGUCCGACGUCGCCCGGCUUGUUUUGGGGUACCUCCAAGAAGAAGGACUGUCCUCAACAACCCAAGCUUUCAUCCACGAGUGCCCAAACCUGAAGGAGUAUGCCGAGCACACCACGGAAGAUGGGACUAUUCCUGCGUGUGUGUUUUCUGUCUUUGGGAAAGGCCUAACAACCAUCUUAAAUGAGUACAUGGCUACCAAAACAAAAGAUGCUGGUCAUGAGGUUCCUGCAAUGAUGACUUCAUUGUGGAAAAAGCUGGAUUUUACACUUAACCAGAUCAGGUCAUUGCAGAAUUCCCCCUCUAUAUCAGCAAUUCAGAGAACACGUUCACGCAUCGGAGUGGCAAACAUGGCUAGACAGCGGGUCUUGACCGUGGCGUCAGCUGGCAGUGUUGUCUGCUCAUCAGUUUCUGAAACGAGCUCCAUCAUCAGCCCUGGACACAUCUCCCACAGCAUGCUCGGCCACUCCACUCCCGUGAGCUACACUGCCACGCAGACUCGACCAGCUACCGGCAGUGGCACAUAUCAGCAGAUCCAUGAUGUCAGCCGAUUACUAAAUACACCCAGGGAUUCACCUAUACAGAUAAUUGUUUCAGAUCAUCGGCUAAACCCAGGCCCAAUGUCUCCUGGACGACGGAAAUGGGACACCCCCAGGAAGAGAGGAGGUGCGCAGACUGGGUCCAGUGCCAUGACUGUCAGUACCCCCAAUGCAGAACCCCAACCUGAAGAAGCUGCCGAUGAAAACUUUCCUCAUCUUGUGAUACAAAAUGCUCGUGACAAGAUAUUGGGGGACAGAUCGUUACAAGAGAAGCUUGCUGAAAACAUCAACAAAAUCCUUGCAAAUGAGCCAACGCCCCAAACAUCUAAGGCCCCUACAGUGGAGGCCGACCCGUCUAUAGAUGAAAUCCUGGGAUUACAGGGGGAAAUCCACAUGAGUGACGAUGCCAUCCAUGACAUUUUGGAGCAAACGGAGUCCGACCCAGCUUUUCACGCCCUCUUUGAGCUCUUCGAUUACAAUAAAACCAGAUUCGCUGAAGGCGAACCAGGGGACGGAGGUAUAAGCAGUAAUCCAGAAGAGAGUGACGCUGCUGGAUCUUUAUCUACAGUCGGACCCCUUCUGAGUGACGAACCAGUGACUACACACAGAGAUGCUAACGCUUCAGAUGCAACACCAGUGACCAUGAAGCUGAGAGCUGGACAAGAGCGUAAGACCAGAAAGUCUUCUGCUCCUACCUUGAUAAAGAAGGUUCUCGGCCCCAGCGGUCGAGCAUCCAGAAUUGAAAACAGUUCAGCCAAGUUGUUAGUGAGCCAUGGGGACCAUGCAGUGGACUCGAACAGAAAAGAAAAAGUCACAAUCUUCCAUAACAGUGUUUUUGGAACACCAAUGGAUAUUGAUGAACCGUUGAAUACACCUCCCCCUCCUUCAGACAUUAUGGACACGCAGGAGCCUGCCACAAAGGACAUCCCCUCCAUCAUAACUGCCCUCACUGGAGCAACUAUUCUUCCUUCUGCUGCGUUUGCUGUGCCGGAUGCAGCAUCUAAUUUUGACAAAAAACAUGAGCAUAUACAAGCACAAGGAUCUGAAGUACAACCUGCUGCUGCCCCCUCUGUGUUUUUGUUUCCAUUACAAGUUGAACUAAACGACACUCCAACACAAACAGUCGGCCUACCUCAUAUUUCACUUUCAAGCAGUGGAAGAGACACUCGACCACACUCUUCUCCUCUCUCGGUUACACCUGAAUCGUCCUCUUGCACAUCUCUUUCUAGCAGUUCCACAGUUACAACUGUGCCUACCUCGCCUUCGUCCCUGUCCACUGCUGCACCAUUCACAGCAACUCCUGGCCCACCCACAUCUCAUUCUACCUCUGCUACGCUUACAGCUGCGCCUGCCUCAUCCUCACCCGUCUCAUCCGUAUCCACCUCCUCUCGUGCCCCUGUUGGUGCAGCACCUCAUCCUCCAACUACCAACCAAACCACCCCGAGCAAGGCUGAAGCAGAUUCCAGUAAUAUCGUUUCUUUGGAAAUCAUCAUCAGCGAUAACCAGGAAGAAGAUUCUUCCAGAGAAACGGCCUUUAAUCAGGCAAUUUCUAGCAUUUCUACAAACAAGAUACCCACCAUCUAUCUUUCCUCUCCUGCUAAGUCCCCGAGAGGCCCUGGCACACCAAAGGCCACUUUGGAUGAGGCGGCACAGGCAGUUAGUGGUUUACAAAGCUCUGAGGCACAUGGUAGUCCUCUCAGAUGUAAGGCUGUGUCUGUAGUCACAUCCCCAUUAACAAGGACAUCACUGGCUCAGCAAAACUAUAUAAUUCUACCCCUGGACGGCACUAACCCUGCCCUCCAAAGAGCCACUGCCAGCUAUUUCCUUGUGACUGAACCCCCGACUGAAGAUGUUCGAACCAGACAGGUGCUGCAGUCCUCUGGUGCCUCAAAGGUGCCAACACUCUUACCAUCACCGGUUAAGCCCAUGAUACUUCCUGUUUCUGUUAUGGGGCAGAAUAAUCUGGGGAAGGUCCAGAUGGUGUCAAAUCAGCUUGUUGCCAGUCCAAACCCAGUACCGGUACGGCAGUCAGCAACUGUCGAGACCAAGUCUUCCACAAUGCCCAUCAAACAGGCUACACCUGCUGACACUGAGCAACACCUGGUUGAUAAGGUGGUUCAACCUGUGUUGGCUGAAAACACAAGCCAGAAGGGUAAAGCAAAGAGUCAUAGACAUAGGAGAAUUUUAUGUUUUGACUCUUCUGCAGAAGUUAAACCUCAACCUGCUAAAACAACAAGAACCACCAAACCUGCAGCUACAAAUAAAUCUCAAUCUGUCCAGCCGGCUGAGAAAGAUAAAACGCAGUCGGUGACUCAAACAAAACCUUCUAUCUUGGGUAGCAACAAGCCCAAGAGGAGGAUAGAGACUGUGAGAUGCUCAGCAGAUCCCCAGACUGGAGGAAGCUUCAUGAAGGAGGCACAGAAGUCCACGACUCCACAACAGCACCAGAAAGUUCCUCUUAAAAAGAACUCUCGCAAAUCAGACCAUAGCAUCCAUAACCAAGAGUCUCAAAGUGCAAGUACCAGCAGAGCUGAUGCCUCACAGCCUGACGCUAUGAAAAAAUCUGAAUCAGGAAGGAGUUCAAAAUCCAUUGACAGGAAAAACAAUCACGAUAAGGAUGUUGAAGGAGCAAAAGCUAAAGAUUCUCGUACUUCUAGGUCAUCGUCCUCUGAUUCUGCACUGACAUCAGGAACUAGAAAGGAGAAAGAGGAGAGCAGCAGGAGAGAACCUGCAGAAAAAGCUCCUGGCCGAUCACGUGAGGGUCGUACAGAAAAAAGGGCUCCCUCUCAGGAAAUGCCAAAUGUGACUGCUAACAAGGAGAAUGAAAUGAAGGGUAGCUCGCGAGAGCAGCAGUCAACACCGUCAUCCUCGACAUUAAGAGACUUCAGCCCUCCAGCUGUCACCCAGCCUGCAUCUAAUCCUCAGCCCAAGACUUCAAAAGCACCCUCAAAGACCAGCUCUCUGGCCAAACAGGCAGCUGAGAUGCUGCAGGACAUUCAGGGGCUCAACUCUCCUUCCACCCCAGUUAAGAGGCCUGGAGUGGGCAGUUCAGACCUUAGUCUCCCCCGCACCCCUGGGAUUGGCCAUAACCAGGAGGAGUCCACUGACCGUCCCAGGACUCCUUCCCGACAGAAGAAAGGUAGAGAUGGAGAAGGCACUCCCAAACAUCUAUUGCCUCCCAACACCCCAGAUCUCCCAACCUGUAGCCCAGCCAGUGAGGCUGGCAGUGAAAACAGCAUUAACAUGGCUGCUCACACACUAAUGAUUCUCUCACGAGCCGCCAUCGCUAGGACGGGCACUCCACUGAAGGACAGUUUGCGUCAGGACGAAGUAGGAGAAAAUUCUCCCUCAAGCUCAAAGAACUCUAAGAAACGCAAACUGUCUUCUCCCACAGCCAGCCCGCGUGCAAAGAAAGAGUCAAAACAAUCUCCCAGAAAAAAGACAGACCGGGAAAAGAAGAAACUUGUAGAUUGCUUUCCCCAUGACUUGGAUGUGGAUAAGUUCCUGUCCUCACUUCACUAUGAUGAGUGAAACCGGACACACCAACAGGAAAGGACUACCCCAUCACUACCUGCUUAGGUUACUAUCCAGGAAUAGAACAAGCCAUCUGCUAAACCAGUGCCUAUGGUUCCUUUUGGUAACCUUGCCCGAGACCUUAUAAGCUGUAAUGUCUCCAGUAGCCAAUGAGGGGCUUUGAUUUGGCUGACUUGCUUCCAGUGUGGGUGAUCUGCAUUAAAUCCUGUCAGAUGCAGCAACAGUAGGGCAACCAUGUCACUUUCUUGUAUUUCUUUUUCACUUCUGUUUAAUUUAUCAUUGUUUUGUACUAUAACACACAUUUGUUUUGGGGCACUUUGACAUAAUGGGUGCAUGUUGAUAAAUGACACAAAACAUUUACUUGGUCAAUAUUUGACUCUAGUUUGAUAAAUCCAGCUGACACUGACUGAUAGGUUGGUAUAAAUAUAUGUUUUGCAAUAUGUCUCUAGUUAUUUUAGAAACACUGAACGAAGAAUUAAUGUUAGUGUGUUAUGUUUAGAGAAGUGAAGGUAAUUUCUGAAGUGCAAAAGUAAUGUGAAGAUUAUUUUAUGGCAUGUCUGUAUGUGUAUAUAUAUUUUUGUUCCUUAUUUUUAGUGGAAUCUGACACUCUGCAUACUGUGGCUUCAUUCAAUGUUGUAAUAAAACAAAGAAACAGUC